AUGGCCCUGAACGGCGGGGGAAACCCCUUCGAGGGGGAGACGGGGAAUCCCUUCCAGGUGCGUCUGGCGGGGGGGGGGGCGCGGCUUCUCCUCCCCUCCCCCGGGGUGGUGAUGCCCAUUCCGGGGUAAAAGGGGCUCUUUACCCGGAUACGGACCGGGGACUCGGGGAGCAGGAUUUCCCCUGGGGCGUUGAACUCGUUGACCCCCUGCCCGUUGUCUUGAGGUGGGGGGGGGUCCUCGUAGCUUACCUGCCCCCAGUCCCUCUGGGGGGUGAGCAGAGGGGUUUUAACCUCCCACUCCCCUCCCGUGGUAAGUCCGAAGUUGGGAGAAGUCGGCGCCUUCUUGGCUUUCCGUUUGGGGUUUGCUUUUGCCCCUGGUACAGUGGUACCUCGGGUUACAGACGCUUCAGGUUACAGACUCUGCUAACACAGAAAUAGUACCUCGGGUUAAGAACUUUGCUUCAGGAUGAGAACAGAAAUUGCGCUGUGGCAGCAGGAGGCCCCAUUAGCUAAAGUGGUGCUUCAGGUUAAGAACAGUUUCAGCUUAAGAACGGACCACCAGAACGAAUUAAGUACGUAAACAGAGGUACCACUGUACUGCGAUUGCGGGGUGCUGGUCUGUCUCCCAUCCCAAACCACUGUCCCCCCCCCCCCACUUAUAAUAAACCAACUUGAAUAUAAUAUUGGAGGGGUAGGUAAGCCCCUCCCCACAUAAUCGAUCCCAAGACGCCGCACACGCAUACUAUUUGAAUGGCAGUGCCCCUCAAAUAUUUUAUUGGGGAGAGGCCUAAGGGACCUCAGGCCCCUAUGAGUUGGCUCCUAGGAACCACCGUCUGCUGCUUCCCCCAUCCCGACCCUUCAGAAGCGACUCUUCCUUCUGGCGACUGUUGGCAGAUGUCAGUCAAUUGUUGUUGUCGUUUGCUGCUGCUUUGAAUCUGGUGGUCAAUGGAUCCUUUGUAGCCGAGCCUGUAGGGCAGGCUUAAUUUUUUUAAAUUACCCUUUAUUGGUGGAAUGAAGGCCUCUCUCUCCUCUCCCGUCUCAUCAGUUGGGGUAAGAAAGACUUCAUCUGGCUGGAUUUGCUGUCCCCAUCUCUGUUUAGUCAACCAUACUAUUCUAGAACGCUGCAGUGUUUGUGUCUGCCCUGCCUUAAAAAUAAAUUAAAAAUCCUCAGGAAUAACUGGAGGCUGCCUGUUACGGAGCUAACCGAGCCCCAGAAUAACUGAGAGUCUUUACACAUACAGUUACCUCUUCAAAUGGCAUUUCCCAUGGUGCCUUCGUUUAUCUCCACCUCCUGAGAAUUGCUGCAUUCUGUCCUAUCUCUGGAUUAAAUAAACCUAGUUGCUCGCCCAGCCCAGAUCUCUUUGGAUAAUUGGCCGCUUGGCUUCAUUCUAAUUGCCUCUUCCGCCUUUCAACUCCAAGGCUGUGAAACUCUUAAGGUUUGGCCUGGGUCCACUGCGUCACUUAUAUCUGCUAGAGAUAACUAGGAUCUGAGGUGGGGUAAACUAUUGUCAACUCGAUAAGGUUAUUAACCUUGGGGUUUUAUCGUAUGAGACCCCAAGCACGUGGUUCCUUCAAAGUUGUAGGCCUGUUGUUGACUAUCUUUUCAAGUGUGGUCGUUUUUUAUUGUCAAAUAGUGUCUUCUCCAGACUGAGAAAUAUUUUUGUUACGUUGGUCAUCUUGCACGUUGUCUUCCUGUCCCUUCUACUGUUCUUUGGGCCCAACCCAACUUUUCUAAGCAAAAUGGGUUGCCUAACCUCCGUAGGCAAUGAGUAACUGCCUGGGUCAAUAUUUAUCCUUUGGUCAAAAGAGAGAGGUGUGAACAGUGCUUGGAGGUCUUGCUUUCCACAAGCCUUUUUCUUUAGGGAAGUUUUUAAUGUCUGAAGUUUUAUUGUAUUUUUUUUAUUUUGUUGGAAGCCGCCCAAAGUGGCUGGGGAAACCCAGCCAGGUGGGCGGGGUAUCAGUUAUUAUUAUUAUUAUUAUUAAUCAUCAUCAUCAUCAUCAUUAAGCCUCUGUGUGGGUGCUAUCUAUGGGUGCUCAGAGGUACUCUUGUCCAGUGUUAGAAAUUCAGAUAUAUUCAGUGGUACCUUGGGUUACAUAUGCUUCAGGUUACAUACGCUUCAGGUUACAGACUCCAAUAACCCAGAGAUAGUACCUCGGGUUAAGUACUUUGCUUCAGGAUGAGAACAGAAAUCGUGCUCUGGCGGCAGCAGGAGGCCCCAUUAGCUAAAGUGGUACCUCAGGUUUAGAACAGUUUCAGGUUAAGAACGGACCUCCGGAACGAAUUAAGUACUUAACCCUAGGUACCACUGUAAGCUAAGCGCCAAAUAGCUCCUUAAACCACAGGUACAGUCACCAAAACAGAAGGUCUAGUUGCCAAUUUGGGGCAAGACUGCUCUCAAGCCUUAUUUUUCAAAUAAUGGACUGACUGUGAUUGAUUCUCAGUUAAAUAUCUGGCUAGUUCAGAUGGCAACCUCGAGAUCGGUUAAGAGCUUAGAGAACUGAAAGAAGAAAAGUCACUUGGCCCAGGGACAGUCCACAUGUAUAUUGGCUUAUUUCGACCUCUUUUUCUUAAUGGUGACACAGGCCACUCAUAACGCUGGGAUAUUCUUCACAACCAUGAUCAGGGCAGCCGGGUGGGCUAAGUGAAGACAAGCGACAACAAUUCACUAGAACGUCAUUUGCUGUUCCUGCCCAGGCUGGCACAGAGAAAAGGCAUUGUGGUUCCAGAAAUGCUUUCUGGUUGUGCAGGAAAAAAUAUAACUGACAGAAUUUUACAGGAUGGGUUAUUAGUGUGUGGAAACAGUGCAGGUCCAAUGAUUCCCAGAUGGUAGAGAUGUCAGGCCCCCUCCUGGCCCCCAGACAGCCUCACUUGGUCGCAAGUGGCCAAUAGCUUGGUGCAAAAUGCGCCUAGCUCAUUUUGAACACUGUGCACUAGCAGAGGUCUACCGCACUAAGGGCCUGCUAGUAUAUGUCCCAGAAGGCAACUGGUUGUAGAAUCAUAGAAUUGGGAAGAGGCCUCAAGGGACCUCUGUAUGCUGGGCCUGAGGGUAACCCGUGAAACGCGGUCCAGGACCAGUCCAGAAUCCGAAGGUUCCGCUUGGGAGUCAGUCCAACAGGGCCAAGGUGGGACAUGAGGCAGGAAACCAGGCAAGGAUAGGUACAGGAUCUCAGGCAGGAUCUAGCACACAGCAAUGUUGCUCCUGCAACUUGGGGCGGGGUCCGAUAGCCUUUUAUCUUUGUCGGGGUAUUGGCUGGUCCUGAUCCCCCAGCGACUCACCUCCCUGUCUCGCCCGAAGGCGAGCACUCCUCCUGCAAGUACUCAGGUCUCUCCUUCUCUCAGACCUCAGUUUCUGCAGCUCAGGAGACGUCAGUGGGUUACUAGACCCAGGGGCCGCCUCAGCCUCCCCUGACCCAACUGGUAGUGGAGCAGCUGUAAAUGAUGGCCCAGCUAAAGGCAGUGAGGUACGGUAAUCCCUGCAGGCCCCUGACUCGGCCCAGCUGGUGUUUGUUGCAAGAGAACCAGUCCAGACUGAAACUCUUCAGGAUCAGGCCCCAGACUUGGUUCAGAUGAUGCCUGAGGCAAAGGAUCUGGUGCAGACUUGAGUCUCCUCUGGUUCUGAGUCCGAGCCCAAGUCCCAGGCCAUCACACUCUAGUCCUGCAAUGCAAGGAAUCACAGCUAAAGGAUCGCUGCAAGAUGGCCAGCCGAGCUCUGUUUACAAACCUCCAAUGAAGGGGUGUCUGUUCCACUGGUUGGCCUCUGUGAGAAUAGGAUGUUGGACUUAGACGAACCAUUAGGCUCAAUCUGGCGACGCUGUUGACAGAGGCAGAGAGUUCAAGCAUUCUCCUCCACAUCCUGCCCAUCUCAGGAAGCCAUGCGAGAGCUGAGCCGCCCGCUUCAGACAGGCUCCGAAGGCAAGCUUCAAAUCAAAACAUGUAGCUUUAGAGCUCUCCAUUUCAACACUCCUUUCCCACAAGGUUUUUUUGUGUGCAGAGUUACAAUAACAGCGACUGGCCAGCAUAUAAGCGAUUAAAACACAGGGCCUGCUUUGCGAAAUCAGACCCCAAAGCCCAUCUGCUUCAACAUCCUGUUUCCAACAACAGCUGGCCGGAAGCUUCCAGAAAGCCGACAAGCAGAGUGGGUGGGGGGGGGGAGAGCACACCCUCCCUUCCCUGCCCUCCCAGCACACAGAGUAUUCGGAGGUAGACUUCCCCAGCAGAUGGGGGCUCCAUUCAGCUGCUAUCACAGCGAACAGCAAAAAGAUAUUCGGACUGAAAGUGCUGGCGUAUUUUGUUCCUAAAAGUUUUUGCAAACCACAAAAGAAACAUACGAAGGCAGCGUACAAGGGAAUCCUUAAAGCAUCACAAACAUUUAAGAUUAUGAAAUUCAGAAUGAAUGAAUCAUAUUAAUUCUCGCUGGGUGAAGCAGAAAUGUUUUCUGCAGAAUUGCAGGUGCCUCUCUGCUUUCAACAGGAAAAAGCCUUCCAGAGAACUGGCAAGAAAAGCUUUGAUUCAUGUAGGCACUACUAGAUGAAUAUGACUUAACUGUGCAUAGGUCAGGUGGUUUCUUGGGAUGAUCUCAGGCGAUCAAGGGGUUGAUAGCCAUGCCACACAUUCAAAGCAUUCCCCACCCCCUUCCUUUAUGUGGAAUUGGCAGGGCACAAUAUGCCUCCCUUUGACCACCUUUGCAUCCAGCGGAGUUGUGUCACGAAGCAUGAGACGAUUAGACAAAUUUGCAGAGGAUAACUUUUCCAGUGGCUACUGGUCCCUAGGGCUGGGCGAUGUCAGAUACCGUCGUAGUUCUAACCAUAAGCAGUGCUAACUAGCAAUCCGGCGGCAUAAUAAUAAUAAUAAUACAGUGGUACCUCGGGUUACAGACGCUUCAGGUUACAGAUGCUUUAGGUUACAGACUCCGCUAACCUAGAAAUAGUACCUUGGGUUAAGAACUUUGCUUCAGGACGAGAACGGAAAUUGUGCUCCGGCGGCACGGCGGCAGCAGGAGGCCCCAUUAGCUAAAGUGGUGCUUCAGGUUAAGAACAGUUUCAGGUUAAGAACGGACCUCCGGAACGAAUUAAGUACCGUAUUUUUUGCUCUAUAAGACUCACUUUUUCCCUCCUAAAAAGUAAGGGGAAAUGUGUGUGCGUCUUAUGGAGCGAAUGCAGGCUGCGCAGCUAUCCCAGAAGCCAGAACAGCAAGAGGGAUUGCUGCUUUCACUGCGCAGCGAUCCCUCUUGCUGUUCUGGCUUCUGAGAUUCAGAAUAUUUUUUUUCUUGUUUUCCUCCUCCAAAAACUAGGUGAGUCUUGUGGUCUGGUGCGUCUUAUAGAGCGAAAAAUACGGUGCUUAACCCAAGGUACCACUGUAAACAUCACGAUGUAUCACCAACCAAACAUCGCUAUUUGGGGAUACACCAUGAUGUUGAAACAAGAAGCUGCAUUGGCGCCGUGGGAGCUGAGACACUUUCACCCCACUGCCUCGCGAGCAGGGACAACACAGCUUGUUUGCGCUGCUCAGCUGGGAGGGGAACACUAAACUGCGAGCCCUGCAUUUUGCACCUGGCUAUUGGCCACCUGCGACCGAGUGAGGAGGCCUGCCUGCCAGGAUGACGCCUGACAUCCCCACCAUCUGGAGGUGCAUAACAUUCCCAGUUUGGGUUCCCCAGUAACUGCCGUUCAGAGGCCUGUUGUCUCAGAUGCAGCAGCCAGACUGCUGGCUGGGAGCGGCCGCCGAGACCAUAUUACAUUGGUCCUUAAAGACCUACAUUGGAUCCCAGUAUGUUUCUGAGCACAAUUCAAAGUGUUGGUGUUGACCUUUAAAGCCCUAAACGGCCUCCGCCCAGUAUACCUGAAGGAGCGUCUCCACCCCCAUCGUUCUGCCCGGACACUGAGGUCCAGCGCCGAGGGCCUUCUGGCGGUUCCCUCGCUAUGAGAAGCCAAGUUACAGGGAACCAGGCAGAGGGCCUUCUCGGUAGUGGCACCCGCCAUGUGGAACGCCCUCCCAUCAGAUGUCAAGGCAACAUCUGAAGGCAGCCCUGUUUAGGGAAGCUUUUAAGAUUUGAUGAAUUAUUGUAUUUUAAUAUUUUGCUGGAAGCCACCCAGAUUGCCUGGGGAAACCCAGCCAGAUGGGCGGGGUAUAAAUAAGUUAUUACAGUGGAUCCUCUGGAUACGAACUUAAUUCAUCCCGGGGGGCCGUACUUAUCCUGAAAAGUCUGUAUCCGGAGGUGCUGCUUCUGCGCAUGCUUGUGGCGCAAUAGAGUGUUUCUGUGCAUGUGUGUGCGCGGCGAAACCCGGAAGUAUUUUCCGCGUUCGUAACUCGAAAUUCGUUACCCGAAGGUACCGUAACCCAAGGUACCACUGUAUUAUUAUUAUUAAUAAUAAUACUAUGAGCUACUGAGAGCCAUUUCCCAACUUUGGGUCUUCGGGUGUUGUUGGACUACAAUUCCCAUCAUGGCACAGUGACCAGGGAUUAUGGGAAUUGUAGUCCACCUAUAUCUGGGGAUCCAAAGUCAGGGAAGGCUAGCCUGCCACAUCAGAGACUGCCUCCGGAGGCGGCAGCCAUCGCAACACCUACACCAGUUCUCAAAUCUAAACGCAACUUCUUUUGUCUUCUCAGGACCCCGCCAUCGUACAGCACAGGCCGACGUCGGAUUACGCCACCUUGGAUGUCUACAACCCUUUUGACAACACAGCGGUAGGAGGGCUAUUCUUUUAUUACACCAGUUUCGCUGUUGCUUCUUUUUACAGGGUGAGGGAAGGUCUCCGAGGCCCAGUUUGCAGCUGGGCUGAGAUUGCACUCGGCGUAUGGGGUGCUGAGGGGAAACUCUCCAGAACUGGUGUGCCUGUGAGAGAAAUUGCGGUGUCUCUCGGGCGCAGGCCAGCAGGACAGCAUGUAGGGAGCCCAAAAGGAACUCCCCGCCACAGGAAACUGUGAUGGCUGCCGUCACGAAUGGCUUUGAAAGAGGAUGAGGCAGUUUUUAGCUAAUUGCUAAAAACUGGAAAAAAGAAACUGGGCCAUGGAACGGCAAGACAAACAGUUAGAGUAUAUUGAACUGGCUAUUAGAGGCAAUUAGAGAUCACACUAGACAAGAGUUUCAAAAAGCAUGGGGGAAAUGCAGAGAAUCCUUCACAAAACAGUGCCCUAAAAUACAUACCUGGACUUGUUUCGAUUAAUGUCUGCAGGAGACUUUGUGGAUAUUUAAGUUAUAAUUAGAAAAAUCUUAAUAAUUAUUCAUAAAGGAAACAGCCUAUAAGAAAUAAAUAAGGAGGUCAGGUACAGGAUAAAGGAAGUCUUUUAUUUGGUUGUUUGUAUUGUUGUAUGUUAUGCUCAUUGUAUGUUAUGUUCAUGUUUAAUGAGGGGGAUUUCUGUAUUGGGGUGGGUGGGGUGUUUAUGUUAUUUAUGUUGUAAAUAAAAUUUCCAAUAAAAAAUAAUACCGUAUUUUUUGCUCUAUAAGACUCAUUUUUUCCCUCCUAAAAAGUAAGGGUAAAUGUGUGUGCAUCUUAUGGAGCGAAUGCAGGCUGCGCAGCUAUCCCAGAAGCCAGAACAGCAAGAGGGAUUGCUGCUUUCACUGCAUCGCGAUCCCUCUUGCUGUUCUGGCUUCUGAGAUUCAGAAUAUUUUUUUUCUUGUUUUCCUCCUCCAAAAACUAGGUGCAUCUUGUAGUCUGGUGCGUCUUAUAGAGCGAAAAAUAUGGUAAAUAAAAGAGGAUGAGGCAAAGAGGUUGAGGGGAAGGCUGCCAGUACCCUAACUAGCCAUGGCGGCUAUUCUCUGCCUCAACAGUUGGACGCAGGAAUGCUUUUGAAUCCCAGUUGCUGGCAACCUCAGGCAGGGAGCGUGCUCUUGUGUUCGAAUCCUGCUUGAGAGUUUUCCAUUGGGGCAUCUGGUUGGCCGCGGGAAGAACAGGAUGCUGGACUAAGUGGGUCAUUGGCCUGAUCCAGCAAUCAGGCGCAUCUUAUGUUCUUAUGUUCUCCCCUCCGCAGCAGCUGCCCCCUCCGUACGCUGCCCCUCCCUCGGUUUCACCGGCCCCCCUUGUGGCACCGCCAGCUCCUGCCUCGCAGCCCGCCAAGAAGCCAAGCCCCACUGAGCCCAAGAAUUAUGGCUCCUACGGCACUCAGGUAAGGGGGAAGCGCCUGCCUUUAAGCGCUCCUGGGUUCGAGACUAUGAAUCCAGGGUGGUCGCUUUUUAUUGUACGUUCUUAUUUCCGUUUCUUGAAUCCUCCAAAAUGGCUUCUGUUUUCUGCAUGAGUUUGUUUCCUCGCUGCAUGGCUUUUGUGACAGAAGUAACAAAAGAGGAAUUUAAAUACAGUGGUACCUCGGGUUACAUACGCUUCAGGUUACAUACGCUUCAGGUUACAGACUCCGAUAACCCAGAAAUAGUGCUUCAGGUUAAGAACUUUGCUUCAGGAUGAGAACAGAAACAGGACAUAGUUGCUGUUGCAUUCCUGGGCAGUGCAAAUUUCAGCACCAGUCAGAACCUGUUAUCGCUUGGAGUUCUGUGCUUCUAACAUCUACAAUUUCUACUUUUGAAAAGGAGAAAAAUCGCUGUUCUGCAAGGUAAUCUAGAUUCUGCGCCAAAAGGGAAUCAGAAGCUGUGUGUGCACUAUAUAGUUAAAGCACUGCUCCCAAAGAAUGCUGGCAAAUGUAGUUUUUUAAGGGUGUCAAGGAUUGUCACUCCACGAGGGGGAGACUACAGUUCCCAGGAUCCUUUGGCGGGUGAGGAAUGAGCUUUAAAUGUACACAGCCCCAGAGUUAAAUAUUAUGUUAGAAUUGAUUCUAAAGCUGGUAGGAAUGGAUAUUAAGGACCCCCUCUCCCCAUAUGAACCGAAAUGGAGUCUGUGUUAGUCAUCUGAGGCCAUUAUUUGUGUUCUUCCUCCAUGAGAGGUCUGGAGGGGGGGGGCAACAUGCAAAAGGGCCUUUUCUGUGGUGGCUCCGUGUUUGUGGAAUGUUCUCACCAGGGAGGUUUGCCUGGUGCCUUCAUUAUAUUUCUUCUCUCAGGCCUUUAAACAAUCUAUGGCCUUUUAAAGUGGGUGGGGGGUAUUUUGGUUUUGUUUUGUUACGAUGUUAUUUAUUUUUGCGUUUUUAUAUAGUAAACUGCCCCCUGAUCUUUGAUGAAGGGUGGUAUAGAAAUAAUAACAAUAACAAUAACAAUAACAAUAACAAUAACAAUAACAAUAAAUGAAGAAAUGGUGGUGAAACUUGCACUCUGAUUCCCCAAGAAUGCUGCUCAUCUGCCCUUUUCAGCUUGUAUUCCUUCAAGCCAAUCUUCAGGACUAGCAACUUGUCAUUGUGUGGGUUUUUAUAAAAAAUGAAACUGGUAUUCUUAUAAUGCUGCUUUCUGAGGCCAUUGCCACUUUCUCUGAUUACGUGAUGUUGCGCCGGCCAACGCUUUCUUAACCGGAAUGAUGGUUCUCCGAAGCUUGGCUUCUUUUUUUAACAAAGAUCCAUUUUGAUUCACUGGCAAACUUCGUUCGCGUCAAGCAUAAGGCUGCUUUUACAAACUGUAAAGAAAAAAGGAAAUGAACGAGCGGGGGAAAAGAAACCCAGUUGCUUUCACUUCUCAGAAGACUCAUCGAAUGGGAGUUAACCUCUGAGAGAUAUCAGACCUCUCUCCCUGUAACACUCCCAACCACUUCCCUUAAAGAAACAGCACACCGUUUCCAUAGAUGGGUUACAAUGCACCUGCAUCGGCCGAUUAGAGACCUUCUGAUAUACCACAGGCAGAAAUUGUUUGUUUGUUUGUUUUCAAUGCAAAAUUACAACAAAAAUUACAAACAUAAAAUCCAAAAAACAAACAAAAACAAAGCAAAACAAACAGAAACCAAAAAUAAAAAAACACACCUACAAAGAAAACUAUGCCAUCAUAAUAAUCUUCACGUACCGUAUUUUUCGCCCCAUAGGGCGCACCGGCCCAUAGGAUGCACCUAGUAUUUUUGGGGGGAAAUAAAGGGGGGGGAAUUAUUUCCCCCCCAGGUACGGGGCUGGGGCGGGGGAAGCCCGAGCUUCCCCCGACCCCAGCCCCCAGAACAGGCUGCUAUCCGCAAACCGUGGGAGAGCUGUGCGACUUCGCGCAGCUCUCCCACGGCUAGCAGAGAGCUGCCCGAAGCCCGAAGCCUGGGGUGUGCUGAGUUCAGCGCGCCCCAAGCUUCUGGGUGCAGGCUUGCGGAUAGCUUCCUGCAGCUUCCUGAAGCCUGGAGAGCGAGAGGGGUCGGUGCGCACCGACCCCCCUCGCUCUCCAGGCUUCAGCGAAAGCCUGCAUUCACCCCAUAGGACGCACACACAUUUCCCCUUCAUUUUUGGAGGGGGAAAAGUGCGUCCUAUAGGGCGAAAAAUACGGUAUGUAGGCAGGAAUAGUUUUCUCAUUUUCCCUUUGGAGCAAUAGUUUUAAGGCUCUUUUUCCAGGGCUGUUAAACAAGACUGCCUUUCUGUGCGUGGAUGCUCUGCAGUUAGAGUGGGACCUUGGUUCUCAAACUUAAUCUGUUCCAGAAGUCCGUUCCAAAACCAAAGCGUUCCAAAACCAAGGCACGCUUUCCCAUAGAAAGUAAUGCAAAACGGAUUAAUCCGUUCCAGACUUUUAAAAACAACCUGUAAAACAGCAAUUUAACAUGAAUUUUACUGCCUAACAAGACCAUUGAUCCACAAAAUGAAUGCAAUAAUCAAUGUACUGAACUAUAAAAUAAAUAAAACAGUAUUGUAGAUUAUAAAAUUUUUUUUAAAAAAAUUCUUACCUGCACUGAUGUUAGUCGUUGUUUGGAUGGGGGGCUUUUAUCCAUUUACUCAGUCACACAAUCAGUCAAUUGAUCAGUAGCUGAACUGGAAUUCACACAGUCACAAAAUAGCAAAAACAAAAGCACCAAAUAUAAGCUCCAAAUAUCACCUUAAAACAUUGCAAUCGGAAACGGAAGGCUUGAAUUACAAUGGGGGUAUGUAAAUUAGCAGUGCAACAGGAAGAACAGGGGGACUCAAAACGGAGCACGUUCGGCUUCCGAAAAACAGUUUGCAAACCGGAACACCUACUUCCGGUUUUGCAGUGUUUGGGUUCCAAGUUGUUUGAGUACCAAGGCGUUUGAGAACCAAGGCACCACUGUAUUGAUACGCAUUUUACGGUUCCCUUGUGAGCUGCUUUGAGCAUAUUCAUAUGGAAAAGUGGCAUAGAAAUUUAAAUAAUAAUAAAAAAAUCAAUUGGAUGAAAAAUAUGCAUGGGGAAGGACUGUCCCUCCUCUUUCUCUCCUGCUGAUUUUUCUCUUGCUUUCCCCCUAGGAGUCGACUGCGGCAGCCACGGCGGAGCUGUUGAAACGGCAAGAGGAGCUGAACCGCAAAGCUGAGGAGCUGGACCGGCGGGAGCGAGAACUGCAGAACGCUGCUCUGAGUGGCGGAGCAGGUAUAGCCCAUCCUGGCAGCAAUAAAAACCCUGACCUCACUCUGGGGGUGUAGUGAUCUGGGGCCGCGGAGAGGCGGUGCCAAAGACCACGACUGUUUCCUGCAGCAGGGUCUGUCGCAGAGUUGCCCAGUCAGCAAGAAAGGGGAGCCUUUUAUCCACUGCGAAGGAAGUCUUCAUGCGCCGGUUAGAGCCAGUCAGAAUGAAAGAAGGGGAGUCAGCCUCUGAGGAUGGGCUCCAGGGGUCAGUCUGGAGAAAAAAGAGGAGGUUGUUUUGUAGGCUGCAAAGCGAAGUGUUUAGGAACACCGAAACCACAAGGCCCCUGAAGGACCAGGUGCGCAGCCUGGGAGUCAUUUUGGACUCACAGCUGUCCAUGGAGGCGCAGGUUAAUUCUGUGUCCAGGGCAGCUGUCUACCAGCUCCACCUGGUACGCAGGCUGAGACCCUUCCUGCCCGCAGACUGUCUCGCCAGAGUGGUGCAUGCUCUAGUUAUCUCCCGCUUGGACUACUGCAAUGCGCUCUAUGUGGGGCUACCUUUGAAGGUGACCCAGAAACUGCACUUAAUCCAGAAUGCAGCAGCUAGACUGGUGACUGGGAGUGGCUGCCGGGACCACAUAACACCGAUUCUGAGAGAUCUGCAUUGGCUCCCAGUACGUUUCCGAGCACAAUUCAAAGUGUUGGUGCUGACCUUUAAAGCCCUAAACGGCUUCGGUCCUGUAUACCUGAAGGAGCGUCUCCACCCCCAUCGUUCUACCCGGACACUGAUAUCCAGUGCCGAGGGCCUUCUGGCGGUUCCCUCAUUGCGAUAAGUGAGGUUACAGGGAACCAGACAGAGGGCCUUCUUGGUAGUGGCGCCCACCCUGUGGAACACCCUCCCUUCAGAUGUGAAGGAAAUAAGCAGCUAUCCUAUCUUUAAAAGACAUCUGAAGGCAGUCCUGUUCAGGGAAGCUUUUAAUAUUUAACGCUGUACUGUUUUUAACACUUGAUUGGGAGCCGCCCAGAGUGGCUGGGGAAACUGAGCCAGAUGGACGGGGUAUAAAUAAUAAAUUAUUAUUAUUAUUAUUAUAUAAGGUGCUUCAGUUUCAAGAGAAUGACAUGUGAGUUCUGUUACGUACAGCGGUACCUCUGGUUGCGAACGGGAUCCAUUCCGGAGGCCCGUUCGCAACAUGAAAAGAACGCAACCUGCAGCGGCGCGUCUGCGCAUGCACAGGUUGCGAUUCGCCGCUUCUGCGCAUGUGCGUGACAUCAUUUUGCUUGCAUCCGCUAGCGACGAAACCCAGAAGUAACCCUCUCCGGUACUUCCGGGUUGCCGCGGGACGUAACCUGAAAGAACGUAACAUGAAGCGGACGUAACAUGAGGAAUGACUGUAUGAUGGAAAAGUCGUACUUUUUCGUGGGACCAAAACAGCCGAUCGCGCGCACAUUGACGGAGCGACCAAUCGUCUGAACGCUCGCCGACAACAAACGGCAAUUGCCCGCCCAAUUGCCACAGCAGCCAAUAACCUGUGGAACUUGCCGCAACAACAAAUCACCCGCCAAAAUACCACUGACAAUCUCCGGCUCGCGGCAGCCACCAAUCGCCUCUCCAACCACAUCACUAUCCAUGUUUAAGACGACCCCAAUUUUUAAGCUUAGUUUUUGAAGAAAAAAACCCCUAGUCUUAUAAAUGGGAAAUAUGGUACGUUACUCUGAAAAAAAGAUAUUGGAGCACUCCAAAUCAUUUGCCCCCAUGUAGGUGCACAGAAAAUAGUAGAUCUAGUUGAUCUGCAUGGUGGAGAUCUGCAUGGAUUGUUGUGAUGUAUUAUUAGAGUAUUAUUACAUAAUCUUAGAGGGGGCUUGGCUGUGAGUAUUGUGAAAGGACCCUGAAUUUGCCACUUGCCUCACUCUUGUUUUUCUGCUUUUGGACUUGCAGCCCAUCAGAACAACUGGCCUCCGUUGCCUUCCUUCUGUCCGGUGAAGCCGUGUUUCUAUCAGGAUAUCCCUGUGGAGAUUCCCGUGGAAUCACAGAAAACGGUCACGACCAUGUACUACCUCUGGAUGGGUAAGUCCUUGAAGCACAGCGGCAGAGGAGUCCAUGUCUUGCAGGCAGAAGGUUGAGUCCCCAGCAGCCACAGGGGGAAUUUAGAGCAGACGGUCUUUAUCCUGCUGAAUCAAGUCAAAGGCCCAUCAUUGUUCAGCGUCCUCUUUCUCACAAGGGGACUUGAGGGCAACAACAACUGUAAAUCUCAAAACUUUAUAUACCACUGAGACAGAGUUGAUCAUAAGGAAAUAAUAAUAAUAAUAAUAAUAAUUUAUUAUUUGUACCCCGCCCAUCUGGCUGGGCUUCCCCAGCCACUCUGGGCGGCUUCCAACAAAGAUCAAGAAUACAUCAAAAUGUCACACAUUAAAAACUUCCCUGAACAGGGCUGCCUUCAGAUGUCUUCUAAAUGUCAGGUAGUUGUUUAUCUCUUUGACAUCUGGUGGGAGGGUGUUCCACAGGGUGGGCGCCACUACCGAGAAGGCCCUCCACCUGGUUCCCUGUAACUUCGCUUCUCGCAGCGAGGGAACCGCCAGAAGGCCCUCGGCGCUGGACCUCAGCGCCCGGGCAGGAUAAAGGUCUGAAGUAGAGGAUAUAAAGUGCAACACAAAAAUUUGAAAAUUAAAAACCGGUUGAAGGGAUGGAGGGAAGUCACGAGCUCAGUAGAGCAAAGAAUUUAUUUGUUUUGUUAUUGGUAUGCUGAAAUAUUGUGUUAAAAAAGAAGUUAAUAAAAAUAAUAUUAAAAACAAACAAACAACUCUCCCCACUUGAGGUUCACGGCAACUGGUCAUGCUGCCUCUCACAGCGCAGGGAGAACGUAGAUAAACUAGCCUAAGGCCACUGUGUCGAUGGGGAUCCUCCUCACAUGCUUUAGUUAAUUUGCAGGUUCAAAACAGGAAACAAACAGCCACCUGAAGAAGCGUUCUGUGUGCCCUGCAAGCUUACACUCACGGCAUAAGUACAAAUUAACUAGGAAACACAAGCCAUAUAUCAUUUUGUGUGUGUGUGCUUUUAAACGCUUUUUGGUGUUUUCACUGAAUAGUUUUUUAAAAUAUUUAUAUUGAUUGUGGGGUGUUUUGGUUUUUUUAGUUGUAUCUUUUCAAAUUUCUCCUCUGUGCUGCCUUGGGUUCUGCACUGUGGGAGAAAGGCAGGGUAGUAAACGAACCCAAGCCACAAAUAAAUAAACGAGCAGCCUUUGAUUGCACAGCUGAAUUAAAAAGAAUGGUUAGUCUUAACUCUGUACAGGGCAGAGAGAGGGGUCACAGCUGCAUCCCGACGGAGGGCUUUAGCUUUCGCCCCCCACCCUGUGACUGCAGUUUGUGGGGGCCGCCUUUGCCCCCCUCUCUCUGCUUCCUCGAGAUCAGCUAACCCAUGUCGCCUUUCUCGUCCCCACAGCCGGCAUUGUGACCCUCUUCUUCAACUUCCUGGCUUCCCUGGCCUUUUUCUGCGUGGAUUCUGGGGGCGGCUCAGGGUUUGGCCUCUCAAUCCUCUGGGCCUUGAUUUUCACGCCCUGCUCCUUCCUCUGCUGGUAUCGGCCCAUGUACAAGGCUUUCAGGUACGGUGGGCGUGCGGCUGCGAGGCCCGAUGAUGCCAUGGAGCGGGGUAACUUGACGCCAGGCAAAUUGGGCAGGGAUAUUUUGGGAGUUUGUUUCUGCCGCCUAAGGAAUGAGGGAACCUUUGGCUCCACCCAAACGUUAACUGGGCUCACAACUCCCUUCAGUCCCAGGCAGCCUAGUCAGGGGAACGCCACAUUUUGAAGAGCAAAAACGAGGAUGCUACAACGACUCUCAUUUUUAAAUACUAUAUGUAGAAGGGAUGUGGGUGGCGCUGUGGGUUAAACCACAGAGCCUAGGGCUUGCUGAUCAGACGGUCGGUGGUUCGAAUCCCCACAACGGGGUGAGCUCCUGUUGCUCGGUUCCUGCUCCUGCCAACCUAGCAGUUCAAAAGCACGAAGUGCAAGUAGAUAAAUAGGUACCGCUCCGGCGGGAAGGUAAAUGGUGUUUCCGUGCGCUGCUCUGGUUCGCCAGAAGCGGCUUAGUCAUUCUGGCCGCAUGACCCGGAAGCUGUACUCCGGCUCCCUCGGCCUAUAGAGCGAGAUGAGCGCCGGAACCCCAGAGUCAGCCACGACUGGACCUAAUAGUCAGGGGUCCCUUUACCUUUACCUUUACUAUAUGUAGGCUAUAGAAGCUGUGAUCUGUUGCUGAGGGGAGGCAGGAGAAAAGAAGAAAGCAAGUCUUCAACCACCAGUUAUGUCUAUGUCUCAUCCAGAAGUCAUAGCCAGAGACAAUUUGGCAAAUUUUUAAAAAAUCCGCCCAGACAGAAGUUUUACCCCUGUAAAAUAGGAUGUGUCCUGGAAAAAGGGGACGCAUGGCAACCCUGAUCAGCAACAUUUGAAGGGUCACUGAUUUUCCAUUCUUGUGGACAGAGUUUUAUAUGGAUAUUUUUUACUGUCUGGUUUUAUGUAUGACUAUUGCGAACCACUCUGACAUUUAUUUAUUUCAGUGGAACAGCAGUAUCUAAAUAUUCUUAUAAACAGACAUAACCCUGUUGCAACAAUAGGGCCCCAACUCUUCCUUUCUCUCCUCUUUCAGGAGUGACAGCUCUUUCAACUUCUUUGUCUUCUUCUUCAUUUUCUUCGCGCAAGAUGUGGUGUACGUUCUCCAGGCCAUUGGCAUCCCAGGCUGGGGGUUCAGGUAAGGGCGCCCUGUUCUUCGCUGUCUCUGUGGCCUGCAGUCUUGUGACUUUAAUUUAUUACCUGCCCAUCGCCCUGAGGUCCCAGGGCAAGCUAAAACAAUUGAAACACUUAUGCUGAAAACAGUUUAAAUCAACUGGUGAUCACAGAAAUAAGGCGGAUCCUAGAAAUAUAUGUCUCGGGCGUCAAAAGUGUUGGGAUUUUAUAUCUCACCAGCUGCAAAGAGCAGCUAGAUUGUUGACAUGUGAUGUCUCUGAGCGUGAGACAGGAAGUCUCUGCCAGUUCUCUUGUAAUCGGAGAGUUACUUUCGCUUCUGAGUCUAAGUGUGAGUCGAGUCGGAGACUCUUGUGUUUGCUGCUCAGGAGAGCAGUUAUGCUUGUAAGAGCUGCUUAUACAGUCUUAAUAAAAUAGUGAGUAGACUAUGGACUGUCUCUUCUGUGAUGGGAUGCCAGAAGAUUAGUGUGCUCCUCUCAGGAUGGAGGGGUCGCUUAUUACCGGUCUCUCUGGACUGAGGGAGGAUUUCAUCCAGAGAGUGACCACCAGAGAGAAGCCCCGGUGUCUUCGGAAGUUGGCACCCUUCCCGGGGGCGUUUUUCCAACAAAAGGUCCAGGAAUAUAAAGGAGGCACACCUUCAGCACUCGUGGAAGGCUGUAUAAUGAAGGUACUGGGUUGCGUCUCUGUGGGGAAGGAACUUCACAGCUUAAGGGCAGGGCCACAGGUUCCCCCACAGCCGAGGAGGGUGCCUUCUCUUUUUAAAAAAAUCUAAUUUAUUAAAGGUUUUCAACUGCAUAUACCAUGAAAUUCAAACUAAGCGAAAAAGAAUAAGAGAAAACAAUAUAUCAAACAGGGAAAAAACACCCAAAGAGGAAAAGAAAUGUACAUUAAUAAUAAUCCUCAUAUGAUCCUCAGGCAGUCGUAACUUGGUUGUCGAACUUAAUCCGUUCCAGCAGUCCGUUUGACUCCUGAAAUGUUUCAAAAACCAAGGCGCGGCUUCCAAGUGGCUACAGGAGCUUGCUGCACUCAAUCGGAAGCCGCGCCGGACAUUCAGCUUCCGAAAAACAUUCGCAAACUGGAACACUCGCUUCUGGGCGGGUUUGCGGCCUUUGGGAGCCAAAACGCCCCAGUACCAAGGCGUUUGACAACCGAAGUACAGCUGUAUAACACAAAAUUAUAAAUAUAUCUGUGUGGCCCUCGGUUACCAUUUUAUCUUAAUCUUCACACAUACAGAGAGCUGAAUUCUCCCAUCUGGGAGAGCUUCCCUUUCCUCAGCCUCCCACCCUGAGAAAACCCUCUCUGACCAGCCUCUCAUACAGGCCCCUUCCCUGUCUUUCUGUCAGCUCAGAAGGGCGCCUUCUCAAAGCCUGGUUGAGCCGGCUUCGGGAAGGAGGCACGAGGGCCCUGACAGGGUCCUGUCUCCUUCCCAAAACCGGACAAACAUUUUCCAGGCUUUGGGAAGGAGUUAUGGCAUGGGUAGGCAAACUAAGGCCCGGGGGCCGGAUCCUGCCCAUUCGCCUUCUCAGUCUGGCCCGCGGACGGUCCAGGAAUCAGCGUAUUUUUACAUGGGUAGAAUGUGUGCUUCUAUUUAAAAUGUAUCUCUGGGUUAUUUGUGGGGCACAGGAAUUCGUACAUUUCCCCCCAAAAAUAUAGUCCGGCCCCCCACAAGGUCUGAAGGACAGUGGACCGGCUCCCUGCUGAAAAAGUUGGCUGACCCCUGAUCUAAAGCAUGGGUAGGCAGACUAAGGCCCCGGGGGCCGGAUCCGGCCCAAUCGCCUUCUAAAUCCAGCCCUUGGACGGUCCGGGAAUCAGCGUGUUUUUACAUGAGUAGAAUGUGAACUUUUAUUUAAAAUGCAUCUCUGGGUUAUUUGUGGAGCAUAGGAAUUUGUUCAUUCCCCCCCAAAAAUAUAGUCCGGCCCACCACAAGGUCUGAGGGACAGUGGACCGGCCCCCUGCUGAAAAAGUUGGCUGACCCCUGAAUUACAGGGGCUCUAGGACUCUGCUAGAGCUGCGCGACUCCUUCCCAAAGCCCCGCUUUAAGCCGGUGCCACGAGGGCUGUGGGGAGGGCGUCAAAUGUUGGUCUCACGCAGGGCGGCCAUAUUACCAUGGUUCGUCCCUUCCACCACAGAAAAGGCCCUCUUCUGGGCCGCCUCCACCACCCAAGCUUCUGAGGGCAGCGGAAGAUCCAAGAGGAUCCCUUUUGCUGAUCUUAACACCCAAGGGGGUCUGUAGGGAAGGAGGCGGCUUUUCAGGCAGGGCGGUUUUUUUAAGCCGGAACUUGCCGGAACUCUGUUCCAGCCAUUGGGCUCCAUUGCCAUUCUAAGGGGACGAGGGAAGGUGUUCACGGUCAGUUCCGGCACCUCUUUUUCUAGAAAAAUAGCACUGCUUUCGGGUAUUUGGGAAGCCCAAGCUUUGCAUCAGAAUGAAAUGUGGGUGGGGGGGGGGCUAAUGGAUUUGGGGGACAACAGCCCAGCAGCAAGGGCUGAGGAAACUCUAGGCACCACAAUUCUGACUGGGGAGCGAACACAAAAUUGGGUGAGGCAGGAAAUGGGGUUGCUCAAUCAAUCAAAUGUAUAAUUACAGUCAACUGACCAUGGAAGAUUUGCAGACGUUUAAAAAACGGAGGAAAAAAUAUACCACAGCCUUCAAAGAGCGAAGGUGACAAAUUAGGAGCUAACUGUCUCAGUGGGUGUAAAAUAAGUUACACCCCUCUGAUCUAUUGCCACUUGUUUCAUAAUAGAUAAUAGAUUAGAGCCUCACAAGGAAGGAGUUCAAUAGUGUCUUUAGGGAUGGACCAGGAAACUGGCUCCUAAGGGAAUAAAUUUAGCGUUCUCUAACCCUUUCAUAAUGUGUACAAUAGGGAAAACACGCGAGGGACUGUUUCAAGUUCUUAAGUAUAUGCAAAGGCAGCACUGAUCUUUGAAGGGAAGUUUAGCAAAUCUGCCGUCCGGGGCUUUGCGGAGAAAGUGUUAAAAAUGUGCCGAGCAAGCAGAAUUCGUGGAACGGAAGCAGUCCAUGCUUUCCUGGGGCGGUUUUUAUUUAUUUGGACAUUUCAUAUACAGUGGUACCUCGGGUUAAGAACUUAAUUCGUUCCGGAGGUCCAUUCUUAACCUGAAACUGUUCUUAACCUGAAGCACCACUUUAGCUAAUGGGGCCUCCUGCUGCCGCCGCGCCGCCAGAGCACGAUUUCUGUUCUCAUCCUGAAGCCAAGUUCUUAACCCGAGGUAAUAUUUCUGGGUUAGCGGAAGUGUCUGUAACCUGGAGCGUCUCUAACCCGAGGUACCACUGUACUGCUUAAUUGCAGAGUUCUCUUAAGCAAUGUACAAGGAACGCAAUACAACAAAAGCAAAAAUUGGUCCAAACUGUAAAACUGGAAUUCAAUUAAAAUGCCUGCUGGAUUAUUUAAAAAAAAAAAAAGCAAAAAAAGAUUGAUUGAUUGCAUUUUUAUACCGCCUCUAUCUUCCAAGGAUCUCAAUGUAGUAUAUGUGGUCCUCCUCCUCUUCCCUGUUUCAUCCUUACAAUGACCCUGUGAGGUAAGGUUAGGCUAAGAGAUGGUGACUGGCCCCCUUCUUUAAACUCUUAUUCUUUGUUUUUAAAAUGGUUUGCAAGUUGCUUUGUGCGGGGGGGGGGGGGGAUAUAAAUAAUAAUUACGUUUUGUGGCUGUUUUUAGGGGAGAUUUUCUUUAUGCCUAAAAUUGCCGGGUUGCACACAGUUAUCAGUUGCCGCCCCCUUGCUCAUGGGCACUGAUCCUUCUUUCCCCCCUCUCAACUGCAGUGGUUGGAUCGUCAGCCUCACAGCGCUGAAGCUGAACACUGGGGUGGCCGUUCUCAUGAUGCUGGUGGCCACGCUCUUCACGGUCGUCGCCGGACUCGGCAUCAUCAUGCUGAAGCGGGUGAGUAUGGCAGCUUCAGGGUGCUGAGCUCCCAGUCUGUUUCUCCUUCCUUCCUUCCUUCCUUCCUUCCUUCCUUCCUUCCUUCCUUCUUUCCUUGAAUGAAUUUAUUAUUUCAGUCACAGACCAGUUCCAGCCCACAUACAAUAUCAAGGAAGUCAUAAAACAUGAUGGGGUACAUUUGAAUUCGCAAUUAGGUGUAACACGGACAAUACAGAUAUAGCAACAGUUAAAAAAUAUAUAAAUUAAAACUUAAUCAUUAACAUAUAACCUAAAAUUAUCAUUUAAAACCUUAAUCAUUAUGGUAGCACAGCUUGUUCCCUUCCUUCCUUCCUUCCUUCCUUCCUUCCUUCCUUCCUUCCUUCCUUCCGUGGCAACUGGCCAUAGAUUUCUUGUGGUUUUGUGGCCGCAUUUGCACCACAUUACAGGACACCAAUACCUCAAGGACCGCUUCUUUCCCUAUGAACCUACCUGGACCCUGAGAUUAUCUUCUGAGUCCCUUCUUUGUGUGCCUCCUCUAUGAGAUGUUCUGAGGGUGGCAACACAAGAACGGGGCCUUCUCUGCAGUGGCUCCCCGCCUGUGGAAUGCUCUCCCCAGAGAAGUUCGCCUUCAUUACACACUUUUUAGGCGCCAGGCAAAAAUGUUCCUUUUUAACCAGGCCUUUGGUUGAUCUGAUUUACAUCCUAUGCCCUUUUAAAAUGGGUUUCUUUGUGGGGAGGGGCCUAUUGGGUUGUUGUUUUUUUAUUAUGUAAUUUGUGGUUUUAUAUGUUGAUUUUUUCUGUGAACCGCCCUGAGACCCCCGGGUAUAGGGCUGUAUAUAAAUUCAAUAAAUAGUGCUCACCUGAGGAUCUUAGCACCUGUGCAGGUAGAAUGGUAGAGUUGGAAAGGGACCCUGAGGGACAUCUAGUCCAACCCCCUGCAAUGUGGGAAUCCUGUCCGCAGCCAUCUGUGGGUGGGCUCGAACCACCAACUUUCUUGUUGCGUGGAGGGAGUUAAUGUCCAUCACCUGGCCGACACCAUCUAGGGCAGGCACAGGCAAACUCCAGCCCUCCAGAUGUUUGGGACUACAAUUCCCAUCAUCCCUGACCACUGGUAGGGAUGAUGGGAAUUGUAGUCCCAAACAUCUGGAGGGCCGGAGUUUUGCCUAUGCCUGACCUAGGGCUUUUAUAGGGCACAGCCAGCACUUUGAACAACCAGCACGAUCUCUGGUCUAUCUCUCCCCACAGAUCCACUCUCUCUACCGCCGCACGGGCGCCAGCUUCCAGAAAGCCCAGGAGGAGUUUGCCGCCGGCGUCUUCUCCAACCAAGCAGUGCGCACGGCGGCCGCCAACGCAGCGACCGGGGCGGCGAGCAACGCUUUCCGGCCUUCGUAA